GUCUCUUAUAGCAGCGGCCGCAGUGGUGAAAAUUUGAGAAUAGCAACAUUUUCAUCGAAAUUUGUUAAAUUGACUGUGCAUGAAGAAAGAAGUUUGCAUUAAGCGUCACGCUAGUUAAUUAAUACGUAUGUGAAAGUGUUGAAAAGGCGCACGCUUCUGUUUAGUUUUAGCGACGCAAAACACACACAAAAAAGAUAUUCAACUGGCUGGCUGCUCACAAAUAAAUAUCGUACACGAUUCACAUUCACUCUCAUACAAUAUUACCGUGUGCGUGCCUUCGCGUGUGUGUGUGUGUGCGGACGGGCGAGCGUGUGUGCAAGUGUGUGUGCGUGUGUCGGCUUUAAUUUGCACGCACGCCAACAACAAAUACACACACAAAUACAGUACAUAUUAGUUAAGGAAAAGUAAAAAAAAGAAGCGCAGGAAAACAGCAACAAAAAUGUCAUAUCCACCGCGUGCGCCGAUGCCGCCAUAUAUGAAUGCAUCGAUACCAUCGAUUCCACCGCCGCAUCUAAUGCCGCCGAUGGGAAAUCCUCCGCCACGCAGUUACCGCAACUCGGCAACGAUCAGUUCACAGCCCACAGUGUAUCAUCGACCACCAGAGCCGCAGCCACAAUUCCGUGGUCCCAUCAUCACCGUCUUUGUGGGCAACAUUAGCGAACGUGUUCCCGAAUCGCUGCUCAAACGCAUUCUGGCCACCUGCGGUGUGGUGAUCAACUGGAAGCGUGUCUCCACCUUUGGAUUCUGUGAAUUCGAUGGUCCAAUUGCUGCGAUGCGCGCUGUGCGUCUGCUCAGCGAGCUGGAGAUUGAUGGCAAAACGCUGCUGGCCAAGGUGGAUGCCAAGAACAAAGUCUUGAUUGAGGACUACAAGGAGAAGGAGUGCAAGAAUGGCGAAGGAGGUGGCGGAGGAGGAGGCGGUGGUCAUGGGAAUACUUUGGAUGAAAAGACUGAAGACGAGUAUGCGACAAGUCAAAUGCACGAAUUGCUCGAGGAGCACAAGCAUGAGUUCGAUGGCUUCGAUGGCAGCAAUCGUGGUGAUUUAUAUGGUGCCAGUGGUGGCAAUAGUCGCAAUAAGAAAGCGCGACGUGGCGAGGAUGAUUUGAAGAUCAAAUCGUUAAAUGACAAUGCCCUGGAGGAGGAGAAACGUAAUUUGAUUAGCAGCGAAAUUGGUAAAUUUCGCAAGCGUGCCGAGGCCGAUGAGCAUCGCAAGGAGCUUGAGAAAGAGAAGGAAAAGGAGAAGCAGCUGGCCAGCAAGGAGAAGGAAAAGGAGCGUGAGCGUGAUCGCGAGCGUAAGAAGCAACGCGAUAGCGAACGCAAAACCAGCAGCAGUAGUACCAGCGGAGCACCAGCAGGAAGUGCAAGCAAAAAUGCAGCCAACACCUCGAACAGCAGCGAAGUCGACGAGGUGUUGGAGAUUAGCGACAAGGAGCCCGGAAGCAGCAGCAGCAAUAAGGAGCCAUCGGCGAGCACAACAAGUCGCAGUCGCAAAGAGUCCGCGGUGGUCACCAUCGAUGCGUCGCCGCCACGCCACAAGGAGCACAACAACAAGGAUCGCAGCAGCAGCAAUGCCACCGCCUCAGCCGCUGCCGGCGGCAGCAGCAGCAAUAACAACAACAGCAGCAGCGGCGACAAUACCAGCACAACAAAGGCCAACGACAGUGGGCGACGUCGACGGUCCAAAUCACGGACCAAGGAUCGUGAGCGUGAUCGCGAGCGAGAGCGUGAGAUGCGCGAGUUGCGUGAACGCGAAAUGCGAGAGCUGCGCGACAAGGAGCGCGAAAGGGAACGCGAACGGGAGCGUGAGCGUGAAAGGGAACGUGAACGCGAGCAGCGGGAUCGGGAACGGGAUCGCGAACGUGAGCGUGAACGCAUGGAGAUGCGGGAUCGCGAUCGAGAUCGUGAACGGGAGCGGGAACGUGAGCGAGAGCGUGACGAGAAGGCCAACAAACCGGUGCGUGAUGCGCGUCGGGAAAAGGAAAUGGAGGAGGAGCUGAGGGAGCGCAAGAAGGCCGAGAAGAAGGCGCGGGAGAAAGAGUCCGCCUACCAGGAGCGACUUAGCAACUGGGAGAUUCGAGAGAUGCGCAAGGCCAAGGAGAACGACAAGCAUCGUCUGAAGGAGCUGAUGCGUCAGGAGGAACGUGAGAAGGAUGCGAAACGUCUUAAGGAAUUCGUCGAGGAUUACGAUGACGAACGUGACGAUGCGCUUUAUUAUCGCGGCCGUGAGCUGCAACAGCGUCUGGCGGAGCGUGUGCGUGAAGCGGACGCCGAUUCCAAGGAUCGCGAGAAGGAAGCAGACGAACUGUCCGAGCUGAAGAACAAAAUCUUUAGCGGCGACUACGAGAAUCCCUCGCAGGAGUUUGAGAAAGCGCGUCGCGAAAUCGAGAAGCUCUACGAACCCAAGAUACUGAUCAAUGUGAAUCAAGAGGCGGCGCUGCGACGCAGCCAAGAGGAUGCACAGUUGGAUGCGUUGCAACAGGAGCGACGCAAGGGCAGCAGCGAUGCGUUAUAUGACAGUGUUGUGGAGAUGACGGGAGUGCACAGCAAGGUGCCGCCAUCGGAGGAUUCCAUAUCGACCAUUGAUGAUCAUGCCUCGAUGGCGGACACGGCAUCCAAUGCCAGUUACUCGCAUCUCAAAAACAGCAGCAGCAACAACAACAUUAGCAACAACAACAAUCAGUCGGGCGGCGAUAGUGUGAGUCGACAGAACAGCGAAUCACGCGAUUCCUUGUCCAACAUUCACACGCCCACCAUGAACAAUGCUCUCGAUAAUCUGGAUCAUGGUGGCGGCGGAGGAGAUAGAGGAACCAGUGCUUCUGCUGCCGCCUCUGCUUCUGCAACGCCGCCGAUAAGCAUGCCGCUCAUCUCGCUCACGUUGGGCAACAAUCUCAAGAAAAAGAAGAUCGAGGCAACGGGAGUGUUUGUCAACGACGACGACAACGAUGAGAACAUCAAUCCCAAGAAGCGCAAACUGGUGCCAUUAGACUAUGAUGACAACAUUGGGAACAGCUCAACAACAGCGACGGCUAGUGCAACGCAGACGGCCGCGGAGCGUCAAAGUUCUGCUGUAUCAGCGGCGACUGCGGCUGCCGCUGCCGUUAGCCAAAAGAUAGCCAAUGCCAGCGGUGGGGCGAGUGUUGGCUCCACAUCAUCGGGCAGCGGUGGUAAUGGCGGUGGCAGCAGUGGCAAGGGGAGCAGUAGUGGUGGCGGCAAACACGGUGGCAACGCUGGCAGCAAUAGUAACAGCAACAACAGCGGCAGCAAACAGCACGGUAAGAAUGAUGCAGCUGCAUCUGCGGGCAGCGCAGAUGCUGCGGCGACAAACACCAAAAAGGAUGAAAAUGGUGCAAAGGUGCAUGAUGAAAAACGCCGCCAUAUAAAAAGCAUUAUUGACAGGAUACCCACACAAAAGGAGGAGCUAUUUAAUUAUAAGCUUGACCGCAACGAGAUUGACAGCGGUCUAAUGGAACGCAAAAUACGUCCAUGGAUCAAUAAGAAAAUCAUCGAAUAUAUCGGUGAGCCCGAGCCAACAUUGGUCGACUUUAUCUGCUCCAAAGUCUUGGCCGGCAGUCCACCCCAAAGCAUACUCGACGAUGUCCAAAUGGUGCUGGAUGAGGAGGCUGAGGUGUUUGUGGUGAAAAUGUGGCGCCUGCUGAUUUACGAACUGGAUGCCAAGAAGAGUGGCAUCGCCGGCAAGUAGUAAAAAUGGCAUAAGUGGCCACACGGACGACGCGACCAGUGACCGACCAAGCAGCCAAUAAAAUUUGUGGCAGACGAGCCCGUUGCUCUACAUUUAAGUUACAUCUGUAAUGCCUAGACACUAUUAAAAAAAAAAAAAAAAAAUCAAAA